AUGGUGCAGAUCCUACCUAUAAUUAUAUUUUUAUAGGUAAGCAUCCCUCCCUUUUUCUUUGAAGCCUUUUUAUAUGCUCCUAUUGAUGACACAAAUAGCACAGCAAAGAUUGGGAAUGGAAUCAUUUUCUUCACUUUGUAUAAAAAAGAAGCGGCCAUGUGGGAUUCCCUAACUCUGGCAGAUGUUAACAAGGAGAAACUGCAGUAUCUAAGAGAGAAUGCUGUUCGAAAGGCCCAUGAAAAGGCAAAAGAGGAGACGGAAGCAAAAAAAGUUACAAAACAGGAACACAAGAAAUAUGCUUUGGAGGCCACAAUGAAGCUAGAAGAAGCAGAAAGAAAAAGAAUUGAAGAUCUGAAAGAAAAGGAGCGGCAGAAGGUCACUGAGGAGUUGGAGUUGUGGAAAAAACAGCAAAAAGAUGCUGAGAAACAAGAGAGGUCACUACAUCGAGAAGCAGAACUACAUCAAGAAGUAGAGCAAUUAAAGGAGAAGAAGAUGGAAAAAAUGAACCAAACUAGGAUUCCUAAUGAAGGAACUUCUAAGACCAAACCUACUAAAGGUCAUGGUUCCUGUAGUAUGUUUUCAGAAAACUUAAAGGAAGAGCAGUUACCAGCUCCUCGUUCUGCUGCUACAAUUAAAAUCAACUUUACAUCACGAGUUUUUCCUACAGCUCUGCGAGAAUCUCGUAUUGAAGAGGAGGAGGAGUGGCUACGUAAACAAGCAGAAGCUCGAAGAACAAUAAGUGCUGAUUUGUCUGAGCUGGAAGAUUUAAAAGAGGAGGAGAAGAAUCCAGACUGGUUAAAGGACAAAGGAAACAAAAUGUUUGCAACAGGAAACUAUCUUGCAGCUGUAAACGCGUAUAACCUCGCAGUGCGGCUAAACAAUAAGCUUCCCUUACUGUACCUGAAUCGUGCUGCUUGCCACCUUAAACUGAGAAAUUUACAUAAGGCUGUUGAAGAUUCUUCUAAGGCCCUAGAACUGCUGACACCACCUGUUCCUGAUAAUGAGAAUGCUCGAGUAAAAGCAUAUGUGAGACGUGGAACAGCAUUUUGCCAGCUGGAAUUAUACGCUGAAGGUCUCCAGGAUUAUGAAGCAGCUCUCAAGAUUGAUCCUACAAAUAAAACUAUAGAAAAAGAUGCUGAGAAGAUUGAACACGACAUUUUUCUGUUUCACUCAGAACACCUACGAAAAUGGUAA